AUGAAGUUCUCGCUUCAACUCUCGGCCUUGGCCCUCCUCAACACGGCCCUGGGCGCUACCCUCCACGGACGGACAGGCCCCCAGUUUGACAAAGGGCAGCCCGACAACGGCGCUGGAAAGGGCGGGCCUCUACUUGGGGGUACCAACAAGCAGAUCGAUAUCGACAACCAGGACAACCUUGGCCGUCAGUCCACUGACAAUGGCAUUGUCCCUAACCUGAAGUGGCGAUUCUCGGACUCCAAGGUCAGACUGUUCUACGGCGGUUGGCUUCGCGAGCAGGUCAUCCAGGAUUUGCCCCAGAGCCACGACAUCUCGGCCGCUCAGCAGCACCUCGACAAAGGUGGCAUCCGCGAGCUUCACUGGCACCGUGUCGCCGAGUGGGGCUUCGUCUAUGCUGGCUCCGUCCGCAUCUCUGUCGUCGACGAGUUCGGCAGAUACCAAGUUGAGACGCUCAACUAUGGUGACAUUUGGUACUUCCCCAAGGGUGUUGCCCACACUGUCCAGGGCCUGGAGGAUGAGAACGAGUUCCUCCUCGUCUUUGACGACGCCGACUUCGACAAAAUUGGCACCACCUUUAACGUUGACGAUUGGGUUGCCCACACCCCCCGCGAUGUCAUCGCCAAGAACUUUGGCCUUGACCCUGCCAUCUUCGACAAGGUCCCCAACCCGAACCCCAACAUUCUCAAUGGCACCGUCAGCACCAAGAACGUCACCGGCGGCCCCGCUGGUGAACUCAUUGGUGAUGCCUCAUUUGUCUACCGCACGCUGCAGCACGACCCCGAGCCGGUUCCCGGCAACGGCGGCACGUUCUACAAGAUUGACUCGACCAACUUCCCCGCCAGCAAGACCCUCGCCGCGACCUACGUCACUCUGAAGCCCGGUGGUCUGCGUGAGCUGCACUGGCACCCCAAUGCGGAGGAGUGGCUAUACUUCCACAAAGGAGAGGCUCGUGCCACCGUCUUCAUCGGCAAUGCUGCUUCGCGCACCUUUGACUUCAGCGCCGGUGAUACUGCGGCCUUCCCUGAUAACUCGGGCCAUUACAUCGAGAAUACUUCUGAGACCGAGGAUCUUGUCUGGAUUGAGAUUUACAAGUCUGACCGCGUCGCCGACAUCUCGCUGACCCAGUGGCUUGCUCUUACCCCGGCUGAUCUCGUUGCCCAGACUCUCAAGAUCCCUAUCGAGGUCGCUGAGCAGCUCCAGAAGGAGAAGCAGGUGCUACUUCCCUGA